CAAACUGUGCAAAAUUCACAUGCCCCAUAAAAUCAUCAGCCAUAGAUAGCUAUGAAGAUGUCGGCAGCUCAAAAGAUGCUCUUACUGCUUUGUGUUGGGGUCUCACUGGCACAUGAUUUCAUUACACCAGAACAGUUGAAGAACAUUGAGGAAAGGCUGAGAGCCACUGAGGAAACACUGAAAGAACUGAAGAGAGAGAAUGAAGCUCUAAGGAUUUUUACAAAAGCAUCAAGUGAUACACUUGAAUCUAUCCAGGCAGAAAAUAAAGCCAAAAAGGUUGCCUUUUCUGCUGGAUUUUUGGCAUCUGGAUCACAAAAUUUUGGACCCUUUGAAACAAAAAGGGAAACUUUGGUGUACAAAAAAAUCUUCACUAACACUGGAAAUGCAUAUGACCCCAACACUGGUAAAUUCACAGCACCAGUGAAUGGAGUUUAUUUCUUCAGAUUUUAUUCUCAUGCUCACCCUUUUAACCAAAUGGCAGUCAGUCUCCUUAAAAAUGAUCAGAUCCAAUGCUCUGUAUUUCUUCUGAAGCCUGAGACCAAUGCUAAUGGCAGCAAUGGUGUUGUUCUCUCACUGCAGAAGGGUGAUGAAGUGUACACACAGCUGUGGGAGAACAGCUGGGUUUUUGACGAUGAAAGCAGCUACACCAGUUUCAGCGGUUUUCUGCUUUUCCUCUCGUGAGUGUCCACAGAAUCCAGAAUUGGACAUGACAAAAAGAUUUUUAUGCCACUUAUGUUGUUAUAAUAAUAUUUGUGUGAAAUUUGCCUCAAAGGAAGAGAACAUUGUAUGAUCCUCAACUCUUCUUGAAUUUUUAACAUAAUAGAUAAACAUGGAUUUCAAAUGAAUAUAUCAGUAUACAGUACUUUUUUCAGUAUGCAACACAUUUUUAACAACCACAAAAACUGUACAUGUAAUGA